AUGACCAUCAUCUCAAAUGAUCCCAGUUGGUGGCCGCUCAUCGAUUCGCAUAUUAUAUUCAGCUAUUUUAUAGUUGCUGCCUCGGUUGGCGUAAUAUACGAUUGGGCACUUGCAUUCGGACAAGAGGUUGAAUUGAUUUGGAAGCAACACUGGUCCCUGAUGACAGUCCUGUAUCUCACUGUGCGCUACAUCGGAGUAAUAUAUGCUGGCAUGAACAUACAGAGCCUUUACAUGUAUUUCGCGUUAUAUUGGACGACGUGGGUCCUGAUUGCAAUCCUUGGUGUCAUCAUGAUUGCUCGGUUGCAUGCCAUGUAUCAACGAUCCAGAAAGGUUCUGGUACUUCUCGUUGUUGUCUUUACGGCCAUCAAUAUCGCCAACACAGUGAUGCUUACAAUAAACAUGGGAUAUAUUUCAGCAGAGCAAGUUAUUCUCUCUGGCACCUAUCAGUGCGUUGUCGAAAAUCCCAAAAAUUUGGACACCAUCCCUUGGAUGAUCAUGGGUGUGUGGGAGGUCUUCAUACUGUGUCUUGCAGUCUGGAUUGCUCUAAAGCACUUCCGUGAAUUGCGACAACACUCAGCGGGUGGCGUUAUUAAGGACUGUUUCACGGUGUUGAUGAAAACUCACAUGAGUUACUUUGUCAGCUUCGUUGUAGUUUUAUGCCUCUCCAUCGGUUAUCUUUCGCCAACGAUGGGAAAGGAUCCAUAUUCUCCAAUAAUUCUGAUUUAUUCUGGCUUUCUUGAAAUGUUCAUCAUUGUGCAGUCAGCUGUGCUGGGAUCACGCCUGAUCCUCGGUGUUCGAGAAUAUCACGCCAAACGCAUGAUCGACCCCGAUGCAGGACCUAGCCUGAUUUCAAUUGCUUUCCAAGAGUCUCUUGAGCAAAUAGUCUCGACAAAACGCGCCGAAAUCUUUUUCUGUGGGGGUGCGGAUGCGUCGAUAAUGUUGAAGGCUAGGUUCUGGUCAAAUGAUAUCAAUACACACAGAGAAGACGCGAUGGGCUCAUGA